AUGAGUUCAGGACAACAACUUCCAGAGGAUGAUGAUGAGUUUCAGGAGUUUCGGGAAGCUGACUGGACAGAGGACAAGGAAGAUCAUGAGGACAAGGAUUUAUGGCUGGAGGAUUGGGACAAUGAGGACUUUGAUGAUGACUUUACUAAGCAAUUGAGAGCAGAACUGUUGAAAAUACCGCCAACGGGAGUUGCUUUAGACACAUCUGCAUCAGGGGCAGGAUCUAAAUAG